UCAGGCCCUCCUCUCUUCCUAGGGCUUCUUGGUAAGGGGCAAAGAAGCCUCUGCUUGGCAAAUACUGCCCAGGGCCUCAAGCUUCCGUCCUUCAGCCGAGUAGUAGGAGCGCAGUGCAGCCGCCAGGGGGCGCACACCAAGAGCCAAAUUGCCAGGUGUAAGGCGGGGCCAACCGCAGGGCGGGCCUUGCAGCCUCUCCCAACUUCCGGCUUCCGGCCGAGUCCCAAGCCGUGCGUCGCGCGCCGCCGUCAUGGCAGCGGAGGAGAAGGAUCCCCUGAGCUAUUUUGCGGCCUACGGGAGCAGCAGCUCGGAGUCCUCGGGCGAGGAGGAUCAGAGCGAGCCAGAGGAGACGAGUCGCAAGACGUCGGAUCCGGCGAAGUCCGCGGGCGGCGGUGGGAACCGGGUGGAGAAGCGGCUGCCGGGGCCCGAGGAGCUGUUCCGGAGCGUGACCCGCCCCGCCUUUCUUUACAACCCGCUCAACAAGCAGAUCGACUGGGAGAGGCGCGUGGUGAAGGCGCCCGAGGAGCCUCCAAAGGAAUUCAAAGUAUGGAAAUCAAACUAUGUACCUCCUCCGGAAACCUACACUGCAGAGAAGAAAGCCCCGCCUCCAGAGCUGGAUAUGGCAAUAAAAUGGUCCAACAUAUAUGAGGACAAUGGUGAUGAUGCCCCACAGAAUGCUAAGAAAGCUAGGCUUCUCCCGGAAGGGGAGGAGACGGUGGAAUCAGAUGAUGAAAAAGAUGAACACACUGCUAAAAAGCGCAAAGUAGAAGCAGGAGAACCAACAAAGAAGAAAAAGUAGAAAACAUGACAAGAAUUUCUGGACUGCUGAACUUGUUGACAUGUGUUGUUGAACAGAUUAAAGUGGAAUUGUGGAUUAUGACAAAUAUUUCUGAAAGUAAUGAAUAUGUAUUGCCUCAGAACUUUCCACUGUAGAAUUCUUUUCUGUUUUAAUUUAAAACCAUUCGUAUUUCAAACUCCAAUGGUGACCUGUGAUUGUGAAAUGGACUGGACUUGGAAGCAUUCUUGUUAUGUAUCACAGAAUCAGUGACAUGCUUUGAAAGUUUUGUCACAUAUUGCUCUGCCUGUGUUCUAUGAACCUUUUAUAAAGGAAUAUAUUUUUAAAGUAAAUAUAUUGUACUGUGAACUCGUGGGUGCUUUUCAUCAGUGUUUGUACAGUGUAAAUAGAUCAUGGAAAUAAAAUUACUUAUUCAGUAUUGCUAUUACUGUAUUAUAUAAACAUUUGAAUAUUUGUCUGUGACAAGUACCCUCCUUACACUAUGACAUAAGUUGCAGGGACUUACCACAUAGGGAACACUUCUUAGGUUCCACGUCUUUUAUGCCUAUAUUCUCUAUCUCUCCUGAACAAUGUUGAGAGGUAGGUAUUGCUAUGCUUAUUUCAUAUUUAGUAACUUGUCCAAGGCAACACCACUAGUCAGUGAUUCAUGAUUAAAUCAGGACAUGUGAAUUCUAAACACAUUUAACUACUUGUCUAUGGGUCAAAACGUGAAUUUUCAAGAACUACAUUAAUUGCCAUCUUUUCCAUGUGGUUGUGACAGAGAUCUUUGCCUUCCCUGAUUGUGUGACUAUACUUACUAUAGGUGCCUUAUGUUGUGAUUACUCGUUCAUUUUCCUUUUAAAUAGAUUGAGGAGAAGACUUCUACAGAUUUAACAAAGAAAAGUAUAGAGCACCCAAUUAAGUAGGACUUUGAGAUGGACUAUGUUUUAGUGUAUACAUGUAUUUGAAAUAUACUUUUAUUAAAAGUUAUCUGAGAUUCAGAUUUAAUCUUGUUUAGGGAUUGGACCCAAGGCAUCUUGUAUUUUACCCAGCAGCCCUACUUGUGUGUUUUCUCUGCCCAGCUGUUUUAAUGUUUGUGUAUAAUAAUAAAACGAGCAUGGGUACUUA